UUGAAACAGAGUAAAACCUCUUCUCAAGCAGAGACGAUCUUUGUUCCAAACAUGGCAGCGCGCAUGUGAAUGUCAUGCUACUAAGAUCCUUUAGCUAUCAGAAUCUGUUCAGCAGCCAUGGAUCCCGACCAGCAGCUGAGAAACCUGAAGGAUUUUCUCCUCGUUUACAACCGCAUGACUGAAAUCUGCUUUCAACGGUGUUCGAGCAACUUCAACUACAGGAACCUGACGAUGGACGAGGAACGUUGUGUGGACAACUGUGCAGGGAAACUGAUUCGCUCCAACCACCGCCUCAUGAACACCUACGUGCAGCUGAUGCCCCGGAUGGUGCAGCGCCGCAUGGAGGAGCUGGAGAGCAAAGCUGCGGAGAAUGCCCAGGCAACUGAGGCGGCGACCAUUUCUGCAGGGGCCGGGACUGCAGAAGCACCACAGGCAUUUCAGCCCCAACUCAGUCCGUCCGAGUCCCCACAAGUUGCAUCAGAGAUGCAGGGCUCAGUUGUGGUGCCAGCAAACUUAGAUAUUCCAAACGCAGGACUCGAACUUUCAGCUGCAACUCCACUCACGCCUAAUACUGAAGCUCCACAGGGACUUCCACAGCCAACUUUAGCGGAAACCCAAAGAGAUUUUGGGAGCAAACAAGCACCUGUAUUGGAGAACCUGCUGUCAGAAGCUCCUACAGUUUCCAAAUCCGAGGGAUUGGCCGGCCAGGAUCGAUCCUCGCAGGUUUCACCUCUUCCUGGGCAGCAGUCUUAAUCAUCCGAUGGUUUUUAAGUUUCAGCUGAGACUGGAGACACAUUAGCUUUUGGGUCAAAAUGAUCAUCUACAAUCUAUAGAUCUGUGAACAUCCGUUCUUUCAAAUCUUUUAUAGAAACACGGGUCCAUCUUCUUCUCUGAGUUUUCUUGUCUAUUUUAUUUCAUUUUAUUUUUCUGAAUCUUGAAAACUUGGUCAGCAAUUUUCAACAGAUUAAAAAAGUCAGACUGGUCUCUACUGGUAACUUUUGGCUGCUUACCACAUCUCUGUAUUCUGUGCUGUUUUUCUCUUUAAAUUUUGUUUUUAAGUCAUUGUCCAAUAAUAAAAUGUAUGAAGGGUCCCAA